UACUUCCGCGAGAAUCAUCUCUUCUGGGAUCUCUUGAACCACGGCCACCACACGUCGGGUUUGUUUGUGUCUACGUUCCUUGAGAAGUAUGAGCGACACCAGGUGAUUUCGCACUUGCACCGCGCGUGGUUCGAGUUCUGCCGCAUGUCCGGAAUCAUCACGUGGAUGUCGUAUGGGAACUUGAUUGGCUGGCGCUACAUGGGCUACAACUUAAUCUAUGAUAACGAUAUUGACGUGCAGAUGCCGAUUACAGAGCUCCACCGCUUGGGUCGUGACUACAACCGCACGCUCAUCAUAGAGGACCCGCGUUUUGGUAACGGUAAGUUCUAUCUUGAUAUAAACACGUGGAUCGCCAGGGGCUCACAAACCAAUGCUAUCGACGGCCGUUUCCUUGAUACCCGCACCGGCACCUACAUUGAUCUCUCCGGCUUGACCUACAAGGGUUCUGACAAGCACGCGCCGGACAAGUUCUACGCGAACAACGACGAGAAAAAGACCAGACCGGCCGUUGUCGACCACAACAACAACUGGUUCUUGGAGGAUCAGAUCUCGCCGCUCCGUCUCACGUUGUUCGAGGGUACCCAGUCAUAUAUCCCAGCCAAGAGCGAGGAGAUCAUGACCAUCAAGUAUGGCCCGAACUCGUACACCCAGAAGAACUUCAAUGGCAAUAACUUCCAGGAGGACAUUGGCCAGAUGGUUAGCGAUGGUGACUGCAAGGGGCCGCCGGCCACCCGCUGGGCCAACGAUCCGGAGCAUGAGAAGAUGACCCUUGCAGGCGCCUGUGGCAAUCCGUUUAUCUUAAACGAGUGGAACCAUUCGAAAAAGUUCUACAAGCUCCACCAG